AUCACGCCCAUUGUCGCGUCAUCGUUACUAACUUCCCGUCACAACCCUAUAAGAAGUGCUCGGUGUACCUUUGCCCCGCGGUGGCUCUCUCUAACCUGCGAUUCCGCUGGCGAUAAGACCGAUAAGGGUGUAGUGUUUGGGAUUAUCUUAUCAAAUAUUAAAGAACGGUGUAACGGAGAGACAGCGCGCUGAGAGCUCGGUGGAGGGACGCAGGGCGAGGAAGGAGCGGUUGGCCUCUAUAGCGAAUUUUAGCUGUUACUGCAAGCGGAAUGGGUAUCAUUCGAAAGACCCGUAGUUUGUGGAGAUCUUGGUAUGGUAGCGUCGUACCGUUGUCGAGGUCAGCUGCCAUGGGUGGAGCGAAGAAGGUAUGCGCGGGUCAUUGUCAAGACCUGUCCCUCGCUCCUUCGCUGGCCGGGGGCGCCCCACCGCUUCAGCGCUUCUUUCACUUGUGCUGUACUCCUUCAACAGUGGUGACGUUUAUCAUUCUUCGGACCGUGUCUCUGUGUCUGUCGAUCCCCAUCAUCCUGAGGCUGGUGUAUCAGAGGUGGAAGUUUGGCAAAAGCUAUUUCUGUGUGAAACCUCGGCCUACUCCGCCGCCCAUUCUCAACGACAAGAAGUGGGGAACGCACAGCUAUGUUACACUCAAGAGCCAGGGCAUCAAGUUGCACUACGUGGAGGCAGGGGACAGGAACAGGCCCUUAAUCCUCUGCGUGCACGGCUUCCCCGAGUGCUGGUUCUCGUGGCGAAACCAGUUGCAGGAAUUCUCUAGCAAAUAUUGGGUAGUUGCAGUGGACCUCCGCGGCUAUGGCUCCUCGGACAAACCUCCCGGACGCUCAAGCUACCAAGUCGACAAUAUGAUUGAGGAUCUGAGGCAACUCGUAGGGGCUUUGGGAAAGGAGAAGUGUAUUUUAAUGGCACAUGACUGGGGUGCGGUGCUUGCAUGGCGUCUCGUCAUUCAGUAUCCAGACCUCUUCACGGGACACAUCAGCAUGAACGGCCCGCACCCUGGAGUAUUUAGCAAACAUUUAAGAAACUCUUUCAAGCAGAUGAGAAUGUCUUGGUACAUAUACUUCUUCCAAAUGCCUUGGAUUCCCGAGCUCGUAUUUCUCGCUGACGAUCUCGCUGUCCUGACGCAGAUGUAUCGCGGCCCCAAGAACAACGUGGAUACAUACCCUGAUGAAGUCAUUGAGGCCUACAAGUAUUAUUUCUCACAGGAUGGAGCAUGGACGCCUCCCAUCAACUACUAUCGUAAUAUUGAUUUUACUGAUUCGACGAAGAUCCGAAGGUGAAGGUGCCAACCCUCAUCGUCUGGGGCAACGAAGACAUGGCUCUUGACAGACGCCUAGCGGACCUGGCAGCAGAGGAAUGCGUGUUCGCCCGGGUAAAGUAUGUGGAAGGAGCAACACACUGGGUUCAGCAAGAUAACCCCAAAGUUGUCAACAAAUUGGUCUGGGAAUUCCUCAACUCCGAUGAAUGGAUAUCUGCAUUUUAGCGUCGUUUAGUUGGUGUUUGUUUUGAUUACGCUUCCACUUCGGUAGCGUUCUAGUGUAUCGUUUCACAGCAUUAAGUUCCUUUUGAAUUUUGUGUAGAUUGACAUUACUAAUGGCCUUCGGCGUCUCAGGAUGUAAAGAUAAAACUGUAUAUAGAUAAGUUUUUCUUUAAAAUGUAUGUGGUAUGACGAUUAGCUAUAUUUUAUUAUUUUACUAUUUUUUUCAAUGCAAGAAUUAUACAUUGCUAAAUAUUGA